AUGGCUGACGUUGAGAAUCAGCAGGAGUCAUCGUUUCCGGUGAAGCGGAAAUCGGAUCUCUGUUCCCAAGACGAGGACAAUGUGGCGAGCAAGGCUCAGAAGCUUAAUCCGUCGUCGAGCUCUGCUGGUUCCGAGUCUAAAGACGGAGAAGUUAACGGAAGCGGUGUCGAGAAUAUAGGCGUACCCGACGAUCUUGCAGAUGAAGAGAAGAAAGAAGGUGGAGAUGGAGAAGAAGAAGAGCAAGAGGAAGACGAGGAUGAUGAUGAUGGGGAGGUUGAUAGGAAAGGAAAAGGCAUAUCGAGAGAGGAUAAAGGAAAAGGAAAAAUGAUCGAAGUUGAGGAGAGUGACGACAGUGAUGAUGAUGAAGACGACGAAGAUGGCGAUGAGUACGCCGAAAGCGAUUUGUCAGACGAUCCGUUGGCGGAGGUGGAUUUGGAUAAUAUCCUCCCGUCGAGGACUAGGAGACGAUCGAUCCAGCCUGGAGUCUACAUCUCCAAUGACCGUGGUGGAGCUAACGAGGAUGAUGAUGAUAGCAGCGACGAUAGUGACGCUUAAACGUUGGUUAGUGUUGAGAUAUUAAGAUUUUAGUAAAGAGAGUUCGUCUCUUGUUCAGUGGUUAUUGGUCUUAAUCUAGUGUUUCCAACUCUUGAACCGAAGUGUGCUAUAUAUAUAUAUCUAUGAUGUUAUUGGUCUUGAGUGUAAA